AGAAGAAGAAGUAAAAAACUGUCAUGGCGGCGCCCUCGUGUCAUGUGCUGUCUGAUUUGCCCGAAGUCGCUUUACUGUAGACAAACUGUUGUUAUUGAUAAUCUUCAGGUAGACAUUCAUUUAUUUAUUACCGAGGUAUAACUUUGGAAAAAUCUGAUAUAUUUUUAAAGCGCGUGGCAGCUUACUCCAGGAUUCAGUUGGGAAAUCUGUUGAGUUUGGAGCAAAAUGAAGCAAAAGAAGGCAAAAACUGGAGAAAAACGUCUCUCCUCAGUAAAACGGAGCUUCGAUAUGAAAGGCAAAUGGAAACCAGUGGAGCUGGACCCUCAUUUAUUCUCUCAGGAAGGCCUGCAGGACUUGGUUUGCUUUGAAGAGCUGACAUCUUACAGUCUGGUAGACAGCAGCAAGGCUGCAAAACAGCUGAAAAAGGAAAAGAAACGGGCAAAGAAGAGAGGAGCCGAGCAAACUGGAGAGGAAGCAGCCGAACCUGCUAAGAAGAAAAAGAAGAAACAUGAGAAGGUGGCUUCAGGUGAUCCAGAGACCAACGAGGACCUGAUGGAGGAAGGUGAAGCUGCUACUAAGCAGGAUGGAGAGGGUGAGAAAGAAUCAGCAGCCAUCUCUGAACAUGCUCAGUCUAUUAACACAGAUAAGAGAGAAAAGAAGAAGAAAAAUAGGCAGAAAAUGAAAAAAUUAGACCAGGUUGCAAUCACAGAGGAACAGACCGACUUCAAACCUCCUGAAAAAGAAAAACCAAGUCAGAAUCAAAGAAAGCCCAAAAUGCAGACAAAGAACUGGACAGAAGCAGCACUUUCUGGUUCUGAGGAGAAAAAUUCGGAUGUGAGCGCUUGGAAGGACCUGUACGUCCCCUCUGAAGUGCUGAAGGCUUUAAGCAGGCUGGGUUUCACUUCACCCACUCCCAUUCAAGCCUUGGCUUUGCCUCCAGCCAUCAGAGAUCGCAUGGACAUCCUUGGGGCGGCUGAGACCGGAAGUGGUAAGACUCUAGCUUUUGGUAUUCCCAUGAUCCACACCAUCCUGGAAUGGAAGAGCAGCUCAAGGAAGACGACUGAUCCAGGCGACAAGGAGGAGCCCAAAUCGGGAGAUCAGCAGGAUGACGUGGUGGAGGCUCCAGAGGAGGAGGAUGAGAGCGAAGUAUUUCAGGCUGAGACGGGCUCUGAUGAGGAGGAAGAGAAGGCUGAGGAUGACGAGCAGCUGGGGUGUGUCCGAGUGAUUGAUGAUGCAGAGUUUGAUUUCAAGGAAAAGACCAAUGAUGGACAGAACCGGCCUCUCCUCGGACUGAUUCUCACUCCAACCAGGGAGCUGGCUGUUCAGGUCAAACACCACAUCGAUGCUGUCGCUAAAUUCACAGACAUCCAAACAGCCAUAGUGGUGGGUGGAAUGUCGCAGCAGAAACAACGGAGGAUGCUGAAGCGCAGGCCGGAGAUUCUCAUCGCUACUCCAGGACGUUUGUGGGAUUUGAUCAAGGAGCAGCAUCCUCAUCUGGUUAACCUCAGGCAGCUAAAGUGUCUGGUGAUUGACGAAGCCGACCGCAUGGUAGAGAGAGGUCACUUUGCUGAGCUGGAGAGCCUCCUGGAGAUGCUGAGCACCACACACUUCAAUCCCACCAGACAGACAUUCGUCUUCUCCGCCACUCUGACCAUGGUCCACGGUUUGCCCAGCCGCGUCCUGCAGAAGAAGAAGAAGCUGGACAACAGGAGCAAACUGGAAAUCCUCAUGGAGAAGGUGGGGAUUAAGUCCAAACCGAAAGUCAUUGACCUCACCAGGAAGGAGGCCACCGUGGAGACCCUCACCGAAACGCAGAUCCAUUGUCAGAAGGAGGAGAAGGACUUCUAUCUGUACUACUUCCUGCUUCAGUAUCCUGGUCGCACCAUGGUGUUUGCCAACAGCAUCGACUGCAUCAAACGGCUCACUGCUCUGCUGGCCAUCUUGGACUGCUGUGCUCUCCCUCUGCAUGCCAACAUGCACCAGAAGCAACGGCUCAAAAACUUGGAACGCUUUGCUGAAAGAGAGAACUGCGUUCUUCUCACCACUGAUGUGGCGGCGAGAGGCCUCGACAUCCCCGACGUUCAGCAUGUUAUCCACUAUCAGGUUCCUCGAACAUCAGAGACCUAUGUUCAUCGUAGCGGCCGCACGGCGAGAGCCGCCAAGGAGGGUCUCAGUCUAGUGCUCGUAGGCCCAGAUGAUGUGAUGAACUUCAAAAAGAUUUCCAAGACUCUUGGAAAGGAAGAGGAGCUAACCUUGUUCCCUGUGGAGAACAAAUGCAUGGAGGCCAUCAAGGAGCGAGUGAACAUUGCCAGGAAGAUAGAAAAGAUUGAGUUCUACAACAGCAGAGAGAAGCAGCAUGACUCCUGGUUCAAGAAGGCAGCAGAGGCCAUGGAGUUGGACCUGGAUGAUGAUCUCCUUAUGGGUGGAGCUAAAGAGCAAGAGGUAGACCGGGAGCAGCAGAGGAUGGUAAAGGGGUUGAAGAAGCAUUUAAAGCAUCUAAUUACACAGCCAAUAUUUAAGAAUUUGGUCAGAACAAAGUACCCAACUAAAAUGGGAAAACUCGCCCUGGCAAACAUGGUCGCCAUGGGGACGGAAAGCGCUCUGACCAGGAUUUCAGGACAGAAGAAUGGACAAAAGCUGAAGAUAGGCCUUCCUCAGCAGCAGAAAGGAAAAAGGCAGAGGAAAAGACGGGGGAAGAAGCAGGUGUGAGGUGGUUUAACCAAACAGUUGUGAAUCUCACACAAUAUAGAUUAAGAAUAGCUGCUUAUUGUGUGGCUAUUUUGAUGGACUGAUAUUUUAUAAAAGUCGCUUUUCAUAAGGGUCUAAAAGCCUCGUAUGUGUUUUUAUUUAGUUUAAAGGUGCUGUUAUUUCCUGAGCUUGUCCGGAUUGAGUUUGUCUGUAGAGAAUGUUGUAAUGCGACAUCUGGUAGAGAAGAUGCACGGAGGGAUCCGCUCCCUCUGGGAUGAUGUGGUGGACCAGCUGCCGUUCAUCCCCCUCCAUAGACACAAUGUGGAUCCCGAUGUCCAGAGCCUGGGACACUGCCAAGAUGUCCACGUGGUCGCACUCCAUAGCCAUCACCUCCACUUCCUGAAUGAGGCAGAGGGAAGACUUCAUCAGCGCCUUGGAUCCAUUUGAAACUUAAAUUUUCCCAGCAGAGUUUUAUUAACUACCUGACGACAGUACACCUUUAGAUCCGGUGCCUCCACAAAGUUGCAGAAGAAUUCUGCGUGGGUUUGAAGGUGCGCAGAUGUGAGGAGCCUGAGGAACUGCACCACGCUGUCUGAGAUGAGCUGCUCGUUAAAGAGCCUGAGGAGGACGUCUUCAUGCUCUGCAGCCAUGCACUGAUCCACCACAUGGAAAACCUGCAGAUCAAACCAGCCAUCAGCCAAAACACGUAAACAGAGCUGAGGAGGCAGGAAAUAUUUAUUUUCUUUAGAAAAUGCAUUCAAGGCUGUGCGUGUUUGGAUAAUUAUUGAUCCAAGUGCCAAAAAAGUUUACAAGCAGUCACCUAAAGCUCAAACCAGUUAGACUCAGUCAACUGGUUUGGGCUUUCUGUGGCUGCUUACGUUUGCAGACUUAUUAAACAAGUAGAAACGCAAGUGAAACAAAGAUAAUUAAAAUGUUUAGCUGCUGUUUGGAAAUCCUUGAAAUUAGCAACAGUAUUCAAUAAAUAAAGGUGUAUAACUCGACCUCAAAGGUGGGCUUUCAUAAAUUGACCCUUUAACUUAUCUUUAAAUUUGCAGUAAAAAGACUUGUAAUCUUGUUUCUGAUUGUUUUAUUACUAUUUUCACCCUUAACCCCACACUGCUCCCCGGGCGCCACACAAUGGCAGCCAACUGCUUCCCAAGGGGAUGGGUAAUAUGCAGAGGUAAAUUUCUCCAAUGUGAGAUCAAUAAAGUUCUAUUAUCAUUAUUAAAAUUCCUUGAUGUUGCUUUCAGGUAGUCCUAUUUAACUUCAAACAAGUAAAAAAAAAUGCAAGCUUAUUUUAGCAUGAAUCUCUGGCCUCAAAUUUAUUUAACGUCUUAGGAAGGUCGGACGUCAUGGAUGAAUCUCUGUAAUAAUUUUUUUUUAUUUAGAGGAGGAAAGCGGGGACAAAGGUGUUGUGCAAGAGGACGCAAUGGUGGCAGGGGCUUGGUUAGGUGUAGAAGGCUACAGCCGUACAUGAUUGAGCCCUUGCCUCACAACGCUGCCAGUUCUGUUAGCUCUACGCCUGCUGAAGACACAGACAUCCAUCCCAGUGAACACUUGGACGGAACUCAAUGGGAAAGUAAAUUA